AUGCCUGUGUUCUACUCCCCCAUACCCCAGAACCUCCGGAUGGGCCUGGCCUCUGUCGGUGGGUCCAUGUUCACUAACAACAGGACAGGGGACUUUAGCAGUGACUACAAUAAGGACCAGGAUGAUAAAACAGUCAAUGAGUUGGUGUCUCACCUACCCCUUCAGAUGAUCCUGUACUUCAACAUAUUCUAUUUCCCAUGCUGGUGGAUCUCUGCUGUUCUCAUGCUGGAUCUAAAGUUGUAUUACCUGCCUGGGUACUACCAGGCUCUACUUGUGACUGGAGUGGUUCUGCUUACCAUCUGUGAAAUCACCAGGCUCUAUCUGGGCUAUAUCGGAAACCUCAAAGAGAAGGUGCCAGAGCUGGCUGGGUUCUGGCUGAUCUCCUUCCUGUUCCAGCUGCCCAUUCUACUCUUCUUCCUGACUGACGAGGACAUCAUCAUCCUCCCUCUGGAGAGGGCCGUCCACUCCAUCUACCUCCUCUUCAUCCUCUCAGAGCUCCUGGCUUCCUUCUUCGCCCUCAGGGCCAUGACCAGGAAGUUAACCCUGCUGUUCCACCUCAGGCAGUUUGGGGAGGUGGAAAACCUUCAUCACCUCCACCAUCACCACCUCCACAUAGCGGGAAAGAGCCCAGCCUUCGGCAUGCCAUAUUAUGGGAGGACUGUUCUGCCCAUGCCACCACACACCAAUAACGUUCACAGUCACUGA